ACCCUUUUGAUCUCGAGGCACAGGCCAAGAUAGAAGAAGACAUCAGGCAACAAAACAUCGAAGAGAACAUGACGAUAGCAAUGGAAGAAGCCCCCGAGAGUUUUGGCCAGGUGGUGAUGCUGUAUAUCAACUGCAAAGUCAAUGGACACCCCGUGAAAGCCUUUGUCGACUCAGGUGCCCAGAUGACCAUCAUGAGCCAAGCUUGCGCUGAACGGUGCAAUAUCAUGAGGCUGGUGGAUCGGCGAUGGGCUGGCAUUGCUAAGGGUGUAGGGACACAGAAAAUAAUUGGCAGAGUGCACUUAGCUCAGGUCCAGAUUGAAGGGGAUUUCCUGGCGUGCUCCUUCUCAAUCCUUGAAGAGCAGCCCAUGGACAUGCUCCUAGGACUGGAUAUGCUGAAGAGGCAUCAGUGUUCAAUUGAUCUCAAGAAGAAUGUACUAGUGAUUGGCACGACUGGCUCGCAGACCACUUUCCUCCCGGAGGAACGUCAGAAGCCUUGAUGCAUGUAGUGUGUGUUUACUGCAGCUGGAGUGGGCCACAGACCAGAGAAUAGUGACAAAGAAACUACCUCACUGGAAAUGCCCUCAUUACCAGCUUCUGAUGGGUUUCAAAAUCCAGCCCAUUCUUCAGGACUCAAUUCCAAGAUCUGUAAUCCCACAAAUCAAUUACUUGAUCGUUCUGUCUCUGCCCCUGCAUCAGUUUGCUCACCCGAAUCUAGCCUCGCAGAGCCCGUUGGUCCUAGAGCCAUCGAGUCUUUUGAGUCUUCAACCGAAGGCCAGAUAACCCCAGAAAAAGAACAUCCUCUCUUACUACAGCAUCUUUUCGAUAAUGCUUCCUUGGCAAAUCACGACCCUUCUCCCCAGACAGGGGAGGGAACCUGUUGCAAUCCAGCUUGCCUUUCACAGGAGACACUCAAAGAAACAUUUAUUGCUGACAGUCUAAAGGAAUGUAACGCUAAAGAACGAGACCGUGGUCAGGAAUACCCUUUGGAAGUGACAAAAGAAAGUAGUUUGGCUGACACUGCUGCUGAGCACGGGCAGAAUAAAGAUGGAUGUCUGCUUCCAGAACAGGAGCAAAAGCAGGAGCUUCCCACAGACCAUCUGACACCUGAAGAACCAGGGAAGGAACAUCUGGAGAAGCAAACUGAGACAACUGACCCAGAACCUCCCUGCCGUCUUGGUGGGGUUGAGAAAUCUGUUAUGGAAGAAGCCAGCCAGUCAGAAAAUCCUCCUACGGAAGCGGAAGGAGCUGGAUUGGAUAAAGCAGGCCUUGGCUGUGUGAAAGGGAGUAUCCAAAUGUCCGCCUCCUGUGGCUGUACGCGUACGGAAGCCUUCAUGGAAAUCGACGUCGUCGAGCAGUCCGUCACUGAAGCACAGAGCUCAGCCAGCGAGCAGGAGCAGCAGGCUGCGGAGAGAAGUGUGUCCGACCUGAACUCAGAUGCCUUUUCCAUGGAGGUGGAGUCGCUGAGGUCUGCCUCCUCCGUGAGUGAUCCUCUUUCCACCGGUGAUGUCCCACAGUCUAAACGCACCAGCGAAAUUCCUGCGAAGUACAACGAGUUGUCGCAUUUGGUGACUGAAGACAGCUCUUCCCCCACCAGCAUCCAUCAGCUGGACGCGGAUCCGGGAAGACCUGCAGAAGAGCCGUGUUUCUCUCUGGCAUCCGCCUUGAAAGAGCUGCACAGACUCUUGGUUAUCAGUCGGAAAGGAGAAUGUAAAAUCCUUGCAUCUGAGGAAGUCUCUCCGCUGGAAAUGGCUCGCCAAGAGCCAGCAGCACCACAGAAGGGGCUUUCUGAGGAUGAGCAGAAAGGGCUGGAGCCAGCCAGCCAGGAACAGAGUUGUUCCCUCUGUGAGGUGAGGUCUGAAGGUGGAAGAGCAGAGGGGAAACAGCCCUGUGAGUCUGGCACAGAAGACGUCAGCGUUGGGUCUGCCAGUCGCACGCAGUCAGCUCUUGGAGAAGGUGCUUCAGAGAGUCAGACCUUUUCAGGGAAGAGUGAGUUGGUUGUGGCGAGUUCGGCAGCGACUUCUGACCGGAAACCGAGCUCUGGGCAGGAGGAGGUUUUGGCAGAAGGUUAUGGGAGUCCAGCUAGCCCGACUUUGGAGCGAAACGCAUCCAUUUCCUCUAAACCUGCUUUGGAUGAAGGUGCACCUCAGGAUACCCGGAGCCUGUUCCCAGGAGCACCUGGGAGAAGCAGCAGCUCUGCUCCUGAAGGUCCAUGGCCGGCGGGUGGGUGUGAGGAGCCGCCACUGAGCUCACCAGCUGGCUAUGCCGGACUUGCCCCGGGUGCUUCUCCACCGCCUGCUUUCCCUGCGGCCGAUGUUGAUCGGAUCCUCGGCGCUGGUUUCUCCACGCGGGAAGCUCUUGAGGCUUUGGAGCAAGCGGGUGGAAAUGCAGAUCUCGCUCUUCUCGUUUUGCUGGCCAAGAGUAUCGUCGUUCCUACGUAA